UUCGGUUUUGUUAUUGAAAAAUCUGCCUUUUUUCGCCAUACGAAAAUUCUGCGAGAAAACUUUUCCGCUAAUCAGCUAACUUACUGUCUUACAUCCGGUGUCAUUUCCGUUUUUAGAUGAAUUUUCGCUGCCCGGUCUCUCGAAACUAGCUAAAUGGCGCAUGCAGAUCACAUUUCAUUCAGCGAAGGCGAAGAUGAGGCAGAUUUUGUGUCGGAUUUUGCGCCGCGUCACACGUAUCCGUACAUGAGUGCGUACCAUCAGGGUCUGACGGCGGGCGAUUUGCCGCCAACGUUGCAGCAGCAAUAUCAGCCGCACACACAAUUUCAGUACGUGCACUCGGAUCGGGAUGUGUUGACGCUGCCGAUACGGAAACAUAAGAACAUGAACUUGCCGUUGCGCGUUGAAAGUCCCGAGGAGGAGCUGUCUUUUCGGAAAUACGUGGGCGGGAGUGUCGGACUGAUUAGCUUAAUUACGGAAAAUUUACUCAGUCAUCCGUUUGUGGUGCUGCGACGACAAUGUCAGGUUCAUCACAACUCCAUGAAAUAUCACCUCGUUCCAUUCACACUAAUUCCUGUGAUUGCGCACUUGCAUCAGCGGCAAGGCAUAACGACACUGUGGAAGGGCAUCGGCAGCGUCUUACUGGUGCGCGGCAUGUCUCUCGCCGUCGAAGAUAUCAUCUACAAAUUUUCCGCGUGGCCCAAAGAACUCACCUCACGCACCACAAUGAAGCAAUUCGGACAACACAUUUUACUCAAGUGUAUUAGCCUGGCCACCGUUGUCCCCUUCUACACGGCAUCUCUCGUCGAAACGGUGCAAAGUGACAUUGCCAGCGAAAAACCCGGCGUUUUUGACGUUUUUCGGGAAGGCGCUGCUCGACUAGCUGCCUGGAGUGCGCCACAACGAGGUCGCAUGUUGCCCGUGUGGAUUCUCGUGGGCCCGCACAUCGGCUUAGGCAUGUCCAAAUAUAUCGUGGGGCUGAUUAUCAAAGGCAUGACGACGCGACUCAUGCAACGGAAGUACGACGCGAAGGGAGCUCGCCCGCGAGAAAUUGUCACACAAGAAGUACAAAUUUACUCCACGCUCACGUCGCUGAUUGCCACAGAGAUCAUUUUUUAUCCGCUCGAGACGAUUUUGCAUCGGAUCCAGUUGCAGGGCACACGUACCAUCAUCGACAAUCUCGACACCGGGUACAGCGUUAUUCCAAUCCUGACGAGCUACGAGGGCCCCGUCGACUGUUAUCGCACGACAAUGGCGUCGGAGGGCGUUGCGGGACUCUACAAGGGCUUUGGCGCGAUGAUUUUGCAGUUUGCGGCGCACGUGGCGGUUGUGAAACUCGGAAAAUGGCUGAUAACGCAUAUCACGGAGGUGGUGAGUAACAAACCGCCGCCGCGCGUCGCCGAGUAUUACAAUUUGGACCACUUGAAGAACUCGCAUGGCGGCUCGACGACAGUUUCGCAGUCGAUAAGUGGCGUUAGUUCGUUCAGUGAGGACAAUUGAUGAUAAAUGUUUGACGAAAAAAUUAAUUAAAUCACACAAAUUUGUUGAAAUGCGCUUAUUUUUUAGAUUUUUAGUGAAUCGUCGAUUGUAAAUAGAAAAAUUUCUCCCUUUUCUGCGCUUUGUUAUUAAAUUUUAUUUUAUUUUGAAUGAAAUACAGUCGAAAUCUUUAAAAAAAUAA